AUGUUGUACAUCAUCGGCCUGGGCCUUGCGGACGAGCGCGACAUCUCCACCAAAGGACUGGAGAUUGUCCGCAAAGCAGACAGGGUCUACCUCGAAGCCUACACGGCGGUCCUCUUGGUGGAGAAAGAGCAAUUGGAGUCUUACUAUGGCCGAUCGAUUAUCAUCGCAGACCGUGAAAUGGUCGAAUCAUCUUCGGACGAGAUCCUCGCCAACGCUGAUGCGGUCGAUGUCGCAUUCCUAGUAGUAGGAGAUCCGUUCUCCGCAACCACUCAUACCGACUUUGUCCUUCGAUGUCGACAACACGAGCCGCCGAUUCCGACUCGCACACUACCCAAUGCCUCGAUUCUCACAGCUGUCGGCGCAACAGGAUUGAGUCUGUACAACUUCGGCCAGACUGUCAGCAUGGUGUUCUUCACGGACGAUUGGAGGCCAGACAGCUUUUACAAUCGCAUUCGAGAGAAUGCUGACUUGGGAUUCCACACAUUGGUAUUGUUGGAUAUCAAGGUCAAAGAGCCGGAUUUGAAAGCAAUGGCAAGAGGCAAGAUCAUAUACGAGCCACCGAGGUUCAUGACGGUCGCGCAAUGCGCCAGUCAGAUGAUCGAAGUGGAGGAAGCACGGGCAGGGAACGUCUGCAAUAAGGAGAAACUCGCGAUCGGGGUGGCAAGGUUGGGCAGUGAAGGCGAGCAGAUUGUGGCCGGCACGCUCGAGGAGCUCACUCAAGCAGAUUUGGGCAAGCCACUCCAUAGCUUGGUGCUCUGUGGAAAGACAAUGCACGAGAUGGAGUGGGAGUUUGCGAGAGGCUACGCUGUGGACCAGGCGAAGUUUGACGAGAUAUGGAAGAGAGACUAUGGUAUCCAAAAAUGA